AGUCACAGGGAACAAAUGGGAAGCGAAGUAUUUCCUGUCCAAAUAGUACAAUCUAAAUAUCCCCUGCGUUCCUCUUUUAACAUUCUUCUGGUUAGUAAGAUCUGCUUUAUUUUUACUCUCAAAUGUCAAGCAGAAAAAACAAGAUAUUUGCUAAAAUGAGCGUCACUCUUGGGCCACAACAAAAAUGACAAGCAUGUAUGAGGGGGUGCGUGGUGGACCCCAAAGUUUCGCCCGCCUGCAAGUUUUCCUACAUGGCUAUAUUCUUCUGCUACAUCUGCACAAUCGCAUGCAGUGCUGCCCUACAGCUUGCCAUGUCUGCACAGGAAGGCAAGCCAAUUGCCGUGGCUCGGGUCUAAGCCACGUACCGAGGAACUUCCCUAAAACCACAACUCUGAUCUAUUUGAGCGGAAACAAUAUUACCCACAUAAGUGCCGGCGACUUUACUGAACUCCACAAACUCGCUGUACUGUAUCUAGAUAAUUCCAGUGUUUCCUAUAUACAGCCCAGAGCGUUUGGUCAAUUGAAAAAGCUGUAUUAUUUGUAUCUAAAUGAUAACUUUAUACAGCUGUUAGAUCCAGGAGCAUUGGAUGGUCUUUCAAACCUUAACUAUUUAUACCUGCAGAGUAAUCAAAUUGCAUUUAUCCCACAAGGUUUCUUUAGCCACCUUAGAGUGCUUCGAUAUUUAAUGCUCAACAAAAACCAGCUUGGUGUACUGAUCAGUGACGUAUUCGCUGGAAUGAUCAGCCUUCGCACCCUAAAUCUAGCUAACAAUAACAUCUCCCACAUAUCACAGUCUGCAUUCCGCUACCUUGAAAACCUGGAACACCUUUACCUGGAAGGAAACUCUUUAACACAGGCGCCAUCACUUGCGCUGAGACACCUAAAAAAUCUCAAAAGGCUUUCGCUAUCCGAUAACCCUCUAGGAUCUAUACAUAAUUUUGCCUUCCAAGGACUGGACUCUCUGCAGUAUUUGUUUUUGGAAAAUGCCAAUAUAGAUGUCAUUAUGGAGAAAUCUUUCUAUGGUCUAAAUAAUGUCAAGCAACUUAUUUUAAGUAGUAAUAAAAUAAGCACCCUCGAAGCCAAGAUGUUCAACUACCUGAAUCAUUUGAUGUACCUUCAGUUGGAUAAAAACAGCAUUGCUACAAUUUCUGAUAAUACAUUUGAAGAGCUGGUCUCUUUAAAAGUUCUUAAUUUGGCCUUUAACAACCUGACAUUCCUUCAGCCCAAAGUCCUUCAGCCUUUGAUUUCACUGACACAUUUUCAGGCAACGUAUAACCCAUGGGACUGUGGGUGCCCUUUAUUAGAAAUCCGGAAUUUUCUUGUGUCCUCUUCAUUUUCAUUUAGCAUUCAUUGUCAGAAUCCCCCACAACUGCAGGGGCGGCCAUUGCAUAAUGUGAAACGGUCUGAAUUUGACAGUUGCCCUACCACAAACGCACUGCUCCAAACAAGUCUCAAUGCUGAGUUUUCUACUGCGGCAAUGUUGUUGGACUACAUGGAAAGCUCUGCACACAACACAUUUCCCAAUAUCAGUUCUGAAAGCGUCGAUGACAUUCUAAUACAAACGAACUUUUCAUAUAAUGGAUCAACAAGGGAUGAUGAAUCUGUAACAACAACCAUCCUUCCUCAUUUGACUUUGGCCCCAUUAAAUCUGACCAAUGAAGGUGAGAAUCUGAUACCAACAGACGUAAUAGUCAAUAUUUCCUUGAUCCCUUCCACACUAUGUCCCCAGCAGCUCAGCAGCCUGAGCCAGUCUUUUCAUGUUCUUCUUUCGUUUUUCAUCUUGUCGUGUGCAGUCAUCAUUUUGCUUAUUUUUAUUGUCAUUCAUUUAAAGAAAAAACAUGCACCACCUGAACAUCUAGAAGAUAAUGCAUUGGAAUAUUACAGUUGCUAUCAGUCUGGAAGAUACCAACUUACUGACCCUGUAAGGAUCGUCCCACAAAGCCCAGAUAUUGACAUGCUCAGGCCACUUAAGUCAUCCACCCCAGAUCAUCAGACGCAAGUCAUUUUGUUUGAACAUUCAGCUCUCUAAAUGCAUUUACGCAGGUCCAACACCUUUCUUUAUGGAGUGCCCAUACUUUUCUAAUGCGAGGUCUACUUUUAGUGAUGUUGUCCCAUUAUGAUCUACAUCUAUAAAAGC